CGAUGUGUCCCCAACAGCUGGGGACCCCGCGAAGGCAUAUAAGGCGGAGCGCAGAGACCUCCAGCUUGGGCACCUGCGCGGGCUCGAGGGGGUCCGGCUGCCCGCUGGCCCAAGUCUCGCGGUGCUACGGCUCGGACCCGGGAGCCGCGGGCCCGGCACCCCCACCGCACCACAAAGGCUGAACCCGGAGGAGGCCCGGGAAGGGAGGAGCGCGGGUGCGCGCGGAGGAGCGGGGAGCGCGCGGGGCGCGGGGAGCAGCGCGGGCAGGAGCGCGGGGCGCUCUCAGAGCGCGGGAGCGCGGGGAGCACCGCCCGCACCUUCCUUUGUGUGGCGCGGCCGCGGCGGCGCUGGCCCGCGCCGGGUCCCCGUCCCCGCCCCCGCCCGGCUCGCCGGUCCCUCCCGGCAAGAUGGCAACCCCGGCCGCCGUCAAUCCUCCGGAAAUGGCUUCAGACAUACCCGGGUCUGUGACCUUGCCUGUUGCCCCCAUGGCGGCCACUGGACAGGUGAGGAUGGCAGGGGCCAUGCCUGCCCGAGGAGGAAAGCGCCGAUCCGGAAUGGACUUCGAUGAUGAAGAUGGUGAAGGUCCCAGCAAAUUUUCAAGAGAGAACCACAGUGAGAUUGAGCGGCGCAGGCGAAACAAGAUGACUCAAUAUAUUACGGAGCUCUCCGACAUGGUUCCCACCUGCAGUGCACUGGCCCGGAAGCCAGACAAGCUCACCAUACUGCGCAUGGCAGUUUCACACAUGAAGUCCAUGAGAGGCACCGGGAACAAAUCUACUGAUGGUGCAUACAAGCCUUCCUUCCUCACUGAGCAGGAGCUGAAACAUCUCAUCCUUGAAGCUGCUGAUGGAUUUCUGUUUGUGGUGGCAGCAGAGACAGGAAGAGUAAUCUAUGUGUCUGAUUCGGUCACUCCUGUUCUGAACCAGCCACAGUCAGAGUGGUUUGGGAGCACCCUCUAUGAACAGGUACACCCUGAUGAUGUGGAGAAGCUGAGAGAGCAGCUGUGCACUUCAGAAAACUCUAUGACAGGCCGCAUCCUGGACCUGAAGACUGGGACAGUGAAGAAGGAAGGACAGCAGUCAUCCAUGCGCAUGUGCAUGGGCUCUCGACGCUCCUUCAUCUGUAGGAUGAGGUGUGGAAAUGCCCCCUUGGACCACCUGCCUUUGAACAGAAUAACCACCAUGCGGAAAAGGUUCAGGAAUGGCCUUGGCCCUGUGAAGGAAGGAGAAGCGCAGUAUGCUGUGGUCCACUGCACAGGUUAUAUCAAGGCUUGGCCACCAGCAGGAAUGACCAUACCCGAAGAAGAUGCUGAUGUAGGCCAAGGCAGUAAAUAUUGCCUUGUGGCAAUCGGGAGGCUCCAGGUGACCAGCUCUCCUGUGUGCAUGGACAUGAGUGGCAUGUCAGUGCCCACAGAGUUCCUGUCCCGGCAUAACUCUGAUGGGAUCAUCACAUUUGUGGACCCAAGAUGCAUCAGUGUGAUUGGCUACCAGCCCCAGGACCUUCUGGGAAAGGAUAUUUUGGAAUUCUGCCACCCUGAGGAUCAGAGCCACCUACGGGAGAGCUUCCAGCAGGUGGUUAAACUGAAGGGCCAAGUGCUAUCGGUCAUGUAUCGGUUCCGCACCAAGAACCGGGAGUGGCUGUUGAUCCGAACCAGCAGCUUCACCUUCCAGAACCCCUAUUCCGAUGAGAUCGAGUACGUCAUCUGCACCAACACCAACGUCAAGCAGCUUCAGCAACAGCAGGCAGAACUGGAGGUCCACCAGCGAGAUGGGCUGUCAUCCUAUGACUUAUCUCAGGUCCCUGUUCCCAACCUACCAGCCAGUGUUCACGAGGCAGGGAAGUCUGUGGAAAAGGCAGAUGCAAUCUUCUCCCAAGAGAGAGACCCCCGUUUUGCUGAGAUGUUUGCAGGCAUCAGUGCAUCGGAAAAGAAGAUGAUGAGCUCAGCAUCAGCAUCAGGCAGCCAGCAGAUCUACUCCCAAGGAAGUCCAUUCCCUGCUGGGCACUCGGGCAAGGCCUUCAGCUCUUCUGUGGUCCAUGUGCCUGGAGUGAAUGACAUCCAGUCCUCCUCAUCAACGGGCCAGAACAUAUCCCAGAUCUCCCGACAACUGAACCAAGGCCAGGUGGCAUGGACAGGCAGUCGUCCACCCUUCCCAGGGCAGCCCAGCAAGACGCAGUCAUCUGCCUUUGGGAUUGGAUCAAGCCACCCCUACCCGGCUGACCCUUCUUCCUACAGCCCUCUCUCCAGCCCAGCUGCAUCCUCGCCAAGUGGAAACGCCUACCCCAGUCUUGCCAACAGGACUCCAGGGUUCGCUGAGAGUGGACAGAGUGGAGGGCAAUUCCAGGGCCGGCCCUCAGAGGUCUGGUCUCAGUGGCAGAGCCAGCACCACGGACAGCAGAGCGGUGAGCAGCACUCCCACCAGCAGCCUGGCCAGACUGAAGUGUUCCAGGACAUGCUGCCCAUGCCGGGGGACCCGACGCAGGGGACUGGCAACUAUAACAUCGAGGACUUUGCUGAUCUGGGCAUGUUCCCUCCAUUUUCUGAGUAGUUUCAGGCAAAGCCAAGCUCCUACUGCCCAGGAGCUAUUCUUGUCAUGGCAUAGAUGCCCAUGUUCAAAGGGGCCCCCCUCACCCAGAUUUCCCUGCUGCAAAACCCCCAGAAGCUUCCCUUACUCCCCAUCUCCCUGGACAUGGCAUCACCUGGCUCUAACCCACAGGCUUGGCUUCUUGGGUUUGGGACCUUUGUAUUUAUUGUACUUUAUGUGCUCGGAAGGGGGCCUCCAGGGUCCUUAAAUUCCAUUGUGAAUAAUCUCCUAAUGGACAGUUUGCACCCAUCAAGUGUUUGCUUGGCAUCCACAAUGGCUGGCAGCACCAGCAGGUCUGCCUGGUGCAGAAGCUGGGUUUCUUUCUGCUUUCUCGCAGCUGCUGCCUGGGAACUUUGGGUAGGACUGAGAGGCAGUAA